AUGCCCAUCUACUCAACACAGAUCGUCCGCCUGGACGGAUUGAUGCUCGCAGCAUCAAUCGAGAACUCUCCAGUGCGUAAAACCAGAGCUAACCAACAACGAACCCUCGUCCGCAAGAUGAACAACACUUCCGAGCCACGAGCAGCCAUCGAGUCAGGCGAAUACAAGCUCCACUAUUAUCGUCACGAAGACCUCAUCUUCUUUGCCAUCACCGAGCGCUCUUUCCCCAAAGAACUUGCCGCCAUGUACCUCGACGAUGUCUCGGCUGAAUUCCUGAGCACCCACAGAGAUACCGAAUAUCGUUCUUCAGCACUGCGCCCGUACGCCUUCAACGACUUCGAUACCUUCAUGCAACGCACAAAAAAGUCCUAUGAGAAUCCGAGAGCUACAAACAACCUCGAUAAGGUGCAGGCUCAGCUGAAAGAGACGACCCAGAUCAUGUCCAAGAACCUGGAGGAUUUGCUCUAUCGUGGUGACAGCUUGGACAGGAUGGGCCAGAUGAGUUCCGACCUGAGGGAGUCCAGUAAGAAGUACAAGCGGGCCGCUGUGAGAAUCAACUGGGAGUUGCUCCUGAAGCAGUAUGGUCCCUUUGCCGCUCUCGGUGCAAUCAUUCUGUUCUUCAUCAUCUGGCGCUUUUGGUAA